AUGAACGGCGGGGCUCUGCCGCCGCUGCCCCCCGCCGCCCCCCGCGGCCGCCGGCGGCCCGCCUCCCCCGAGCUGCUGCGCUGCAAGCGCCGCCUGGCCUUCGCCGCCCUGCCGGGCACCGGGGCGGCGGCGGCGGCCGCCGUGGCCCGUCGGAACGAGCGGGAGCGGAACCGCGUGCGGCUCGUCAACCUGGGCUUCGCCGCCCUCCGCCAGCACGUCCCGCACGGCGCCGCCAGCAAGAAGAUGAGCAAGGUGGAGACCCUCCGCUCCGCCGUCGAGUACAUCCGCGCCCUGCAGCGGCUCCUCGACGAGCACGACGCCGCCGCCUCUUUCCCCGACGGCCGCGGGCGGGUGCCCGUCGGGGAAGUCGGCGGCGGCGGCUACUCCUCCGCUUCGCCCUCCUUCGCCUCCUCCGUGCCCGGCUCGCCCUGCUCCUCCGAGGAGAGCGGCUACGACGCGGCGCUGAGCCCUGAGGAGCGGGAGCUGCUGGACUUCACCAGCUGGCUGGGGAGCUACUGACCCGGCAGGAGCCACGCUCGGCCUGCAGCACCUCGGCGCCCGCAUCAUCCCCCUUGGAAAUACUGACCUCCUCCCCGGCGGGACCCCGCUGGCUGCUUUUCUCGCCGGGUUCACCCGUCGCCUUCGGGUCGUGGAAAGUGCAAUGAUGUAACUCACUUCGGGGCCCCCGCUCCCUGCGCCGGGGCAGAGUCUCCGCCUGCCCGCCGGCAGCUGCCGACCGAUGGAGAGGAUGCCCGAGCGAACCCGCUUCUCUCCCGCCGCUGCUCUCUGGUGUUGCUUUGGACGGGUGGAAAGGAAAAAAAAAAGAAAUCAAAAACACUUGAUGCUUCCUUGUUUCUGGAGGGGGAGGGAAUUUUUUAUCGUAUCAGAUUCUAUUUUAUAUGUAACUUGAACUGCCUGUGGGAACACUGGUGUAUGAAGACUUAUUUUUGUACAAAAAACCUUAGAGAAAAGGGUUGAAAAGAUGGUUUUAUUUUUAGCAAGUCCUAUUCACUUGUUCUUGAACACUGCCAGCUAGAAUGUUUUGGGAACAUACAUGGUGUAGGUAAAAAGGUGUUUGUUUGGGUUUUUUAUUAUUAUUAUUAUUCUCUCCAAACACUUCAGUAAAAGACUGUAAAGUUGUGUUUCAACGUGGUGUCUGAGUUUGCCUGGUGUGAAGGUCCACUUCUCUGAAAACUGAAGUUUUUUUAAAAAAAAAUGUAUUGAAGGCAUUUUUGUAUGCACUUGCUAGGAUUUCUUAAGUUGUAUAUAUGCAGUUUUUAAGAGAGUAUCAUAUUUUAUGUAA